UCUGUCCUUAAUUUUGGUGAUAUUUGCGUGAACUCCACAAAUACUCGUCUACUGCAUGUUGUUAAUAUGCUACCUAUGCAUAUUUUGAUCCAGCUAGAUGUUAAUUUGAAAGAACUUCAGAAAACCAACCAGUUUUCAUAUGUGAUUCCACCUACAGCUAGUACUUACAUUUCAAUGGUAUUUGAAUCUCCCACCAUUGGAAAAUUUUGGAAGUCAUUCACCUUUACAGUGAACAAUAUACCUGGUGGGCGUAUCCUAGUGAUGGCCGUUGUCAUGCCAGUAGAACUGGAGCUAUCUUCUGAAGAGCUAGUUUUGAGACCACAUGGCUUCUCGGUGAAAACAUGUUUUAUGGGGACAGUUGGUUUGUAUAACCAUCAGAAUUAUUUUGCCAAAUUUGAAUGGCAACCAGUAAACACAGAAGGAGGAAUGGCAUUUUCCAUUCGUCCAGCUAAAGGUAAUAGUUUAUUCUAUUUGAUUUAGACACUAAAUCAUGGGCUCAGGCAGUAAUCAUUUAUUGAGUGAGAACUGUAUAAUGGUCCUAAAAAUAGAAGCAAA